CGCGGCGUGCGGGCGGACGGCAGGCUGACGACAUGACCGCCGCCGCGGAGGACAACCUGUCGGCCGUGCUGUACAAGGCGCAGGACCUGCGACUGGAGCAGCGCACGCCGCCGGAGGUCGGACCGCAGGACGUGCUGGUUCGGAUCCACAGCGUCGGCAUCUGCGGCUCCGAUGUGCACUAUUGGCACCGCGGCCGCACCACCCGCUUCGUGGUGCGCGCGCCAAUGGUGCUCGGCCACGAGGCGGCCGGCACCGUGGUGCGCGUCGGGCACCAGGUGCACCACCUGCAACCCGGGGACCGGGUGGCCAUCGAGCCGGGGGUGCCGUGCCGUAGCUGUCUGCUCUGCAAGACCGGCCGCUACAACGUGUGUCCGGAGGUCGAGUUCUGCGCCACGCCUCCAGUGGACGGCACGCUGACCCGGCUGUACCGGCACCCGGCCGACUUCUGCUUCAAGCUGCCGGAUCACGUGACGAUGGAGGAGGGCGCUAUGCUGGAGCCGCUGACGGUGGCCGUGUACAGCUGCCAGCGGGCCGGCGUCAGCCUCGGCUCGCGCGUGCUGGUCUGCGGCGCCGGCCCGAUCGGUGUCGUCAGUCUGCUCACGGCUCGUGCCCUGGGCGCCGCCAGCGCCUGCGUCACGGAUAUAUCCAAGUCCCGCCUGGAGUUCGCCGCCGGCCAGGGCGCCAACGGGACGGUUCUCAUUGACGACGCGUCUGAGGCUGAGAUCGCCGACCGCGUGGUGGCAGCACUGGGCGGUCGGCCGUCCGCCAUCAUCGAGUGUUGCGGUGCUGCAUCCAGCAUCAGAAUGGCUAUCGAGGCGGCGGCGCCCCGUGCCCGCUCACGGCCAAAGGAGCUGGACAUCUGCGGCAUCUUCCGCUACGCCAACUGUUACCAGGCGGCGCUGGACCUGGUGGCGUCGGGCCGGGUUCGGUUGGACCCGCUCGUCACCCACCGCUUCAGCCUGGAGCAGAGCGAGCAGGCCUUCCAGACGGCGCUCGAGGGACGCGGCAUCAAGGUCAUGAUCGCCGUGCACAAGGACUAAACGGCGGCGGCGGCGGCCGGUCACCAGAGAGCCUGACUGAGGUCGCCGAACCGGUCCGUCCAAGCCGAUCCGAUCCGAUCCGAUCCGGUACGAUCCGAUCCGGCCCGAUCGGGAAUGUCAGGACAUCGUAUCGAUCAUCAGCUGACUUCUGUUACUGUGGUAUGAUCCGACCGACGCCGACUGCUCUGCUGGAGGCUGCCAACUGACGUCAGUGCGUCGUCUGCCGUCACGUGACCCUGAUCCGUCUAUGGUGAGGUCCGUGUUGGGGCGGGAAGCCGGAUGCGGAUAGCCGGGAUGAGAGAGGAAACCGCGCAAUACAAGAGACGGGCGGCUCGACGGCCGUGCCUCUCCAACAACUUAGGAAAAUCUCUACGGUCACGAAUUCUCGGAUCACCUACCCGACUUUGACCGGCGACAUUCGCUAACAUUUUGGCCAUUCCAGCGAGUAAGACGAGGCGUCGGAAAGAUACCGAUGGACACACGUUUUACACAUCCAUAAUGAAGCAGAUAAAUAGACUACUCCAGCAUCGUUGAUGGGUUGACCAAACCACUGAGUCAACUGUUACGACUCCCACCAAUUUUCAAACGAAGCAAUCCCAGCUCAGUUAAAAGCUUGUCAGACUUUGGACUCCGCUGUGGCUUUACCCAGGGUCCAUCGCGAAUCUGAUUCCAUCACCGAUUCACCAGCCUCUGUUCGCGGUCUGAGCACGCCG